GUGUGCAGCAGUGGCAGCAGAGCAGAAGCAGCAUGGCGUACUCGGCGAAAAUCGGACCGUCUAUUUUGAGCAGUGAUCUGUCUCAGCUCGGGAGGGAAUGUGAACGAAUGAUGGAAUGCGGUGCUGAUUAUCUGCACCUUGACGUUAUGGACGGGCAUUUUGUUCCAAACCUCACAUUUGGGCAUCCUAUGGUGGAAUGUUUACGACGCUGUAUCGGACCUGAUCCAUUUUUUGACAUGCAUAUGAUGGUGUCCAGGCCAGAGCAAUGGGUGAAACCCAUGGCAGCAGCUGGAGCCAAUCAGUACACUUUCCAUCUAGAAGCCACUGCCAACCCUGGCAACCUCAUCAAGGAAAUCAGAGAGAGCGGGAUGAAGGUUGGUCUUGCCAUCAAACCUGGAACAACUGUUGAGGAAUUGGCACCGUGGGCUAGACAGAUCGAUAUGGCUCUUGUCAUGACCGUAGAGCCUGGCUUUGGUGGUCAGAAGUUUAUGGAAGAUAUGAUGCCAAAGGUGAGUUGGCUCAGGAGUCAAUUCCCUUCUCUGGACAUUGAAGUGGAUGGAGGAGUCGGUCCAGACAGCAUCCACAGAUGUGCAGAGGCUGGAGCAAACAUGAUUGUGUCGGGCAGUGCCGUAGUUAGCAGUGAUGACCCUCGUUCUGUGAUCGCCCUCCUCAAAAAUGUUGUUGUUGAGGCGAUCCAGAAACGUUCUUUGGACCGCUGAGCAUCUUGACUUUUUACCUCAAGUCUGUUUUCAUCCACCACUGAAAGUCAUUCCUGCAGAUCCUGAGUCAUUUUUAAUGUAUAAAUUUGUUAUUGAAUGCUCAAUGGUGCUUUGUGAACGGACAUGACCAAAGGUUGGAUGUGCCGAGGGUACGUUUGGUUUGCACAUCUACAGACCAUGAGAACUGCCUUUGCAAAGACUCUUAUUUGGAUUCAGCAGUUUUCAGAUGCAUAUGGAAUUUAAGCACUUUGACCAGACAGAAUAUAUUUGUUCUCUCACCAGUGACAUUAAUUUGACUAUUCCCCUCUUUGACUAUUCCCCUCAAUUUGACUAUUCCCCUCUAUAAUUAACCCCAUUUGGUUUGAUUUUUUUUUCUUUGAGACAACAAACAUUGAUAAAGCUGUUCAUAACUAUAUCAGCAGUUAUUUGUUCAGGUUUGUUGGUCAUCGAAUAAAGAAUGACAUUGUAAUGCAGCUGCAUAAGCUCUACAUACUGUUAUACAUUUUCUGCAGAUUAUGAGUUAAAAUGAAUUUUAAACCUUCCAUCAACCAAUAUUUCUAAUACCCUGAUUUGAUAAAAAGUGUAAAUCAGAAUACUUUAAAUUGCUAUUUGUCAGUCUGAUUUGUCUGUCGAUGUCAUAUGAAAAUGCAUUUAUCUGUACUGAGGGUAGCAGUAACACAGCAAUGUUUCAACACAACACAACGUCUGUUAACAGUUUAUCAUGUACAGUACAAUGACAUGUUUAAUAUAGUUUUGAAAUCAAAUGCAUUGAACACAUAAUAAAAUAAGUGCGUACAUAACAUAA